CAUUUCAUUCUUGCCUCUCCUUCUUAAAUCUGUAACUUUUUCUUCUAGAAAUCCCGAAGCUUUCAAUAACAAUGUCGGGAAGAGGGAAGGGGGGAAAGGGGCUAGGAAAGGGAGGAGCCAAGAGGCAUAGGAAGGUUUUAAGAGAUAACAUUCAGGGCAUUACUAAGCCUGCGAUUCGUCGUUUGGCUCGCAGAGGAGGAGUCAAGAGAAUCAGCGGCCUGAUCUAUGAAGAAACUAGAGGUGUAUUGAAGAUCUUCUUGGAGAACGUGAUUCGUGAUGCUGUGACCUACACUGAGCACGCAAGAAGGAAGACUGUUACCGCUAUGGAUGUUGUUUAUGCCUUGAAAAGGCAAGGCAGGACUCUCUAUGGUUUUGGAGGUUAAGCUUAGCAAUCUUGAUAGUAG